AAAGAUUAUUCUCGAUUAUAACAUUUUUUCCGAUAACGUACGAUGAAAAGUAAAAACUUGCACCAUGAGGAUGUAUUUGAAUCUUCACAUUUCUGUAUUCUGGAUUUUGGUAACGCGAGCGUCCACCGAUGUAGUUACCCUAAUCAAAAAUCAAAGUAUUACAUGUGUUUUAACAGAAGAAAGUGUUUAUUCAGCUUUGUACAUAUCAUCAAACUCAUCAGUAGAUAAUCCACUCAUAGAUAGUAAAAGAAGCCUCAGUAAAUUAACCCAAUGGGUUAUAAAUGACUGGAACGUAAGUACCACUCAAGAACUACCAUUUUAUCCUGUCGUAGAUGUACGUUGGGAAGAAUUUCCGAACAUAAAAGAUGCCCAAAUUAACAUCUCUCAAACCAACGUUACUUCUUUGUCCUUGUGUUUCCACCAAAGAACUAUUCUGAACGCAGAUGGCGGAGAAUUCAUUUCAAUUGUACGGGAUAAACACGAAAAUGUGGAACAAAAUGUCUGUCAAUGGUCACAUUACACAGUGCGCCAAAAGCAAAUUUUGGAAAUUAAAUUUUCGGAAACCGCUUUCCAUGAAAUUGAAAUAUGGAAGCUAGGAUUUGUUCCAAAAUACAUAAUUUUUCCAAAAAGUGGAGUGAGGAUAAAAACACACCUAUACGGUUUCCGGUACUCCCGUCUGACUACUCUUAACGAUGGGAUCAGUUUUCUGGAUAUUAGCAAUCUAUCAAAUUCCACCGAUCUUUGCAUUUCUUUGUUUGUGUCUGUGGAUGAAAAUUGCUAUCUAGAUGUAGUACUAGAAUCAGGUACCAUCCCCAAAACUGUAAGAGUGGACGGCUUUAAUUUAGAAAAUAAACCAAAAUCUUGGAAGCGAAUUGAAAUUCACACUAGUAGUUACAACGGUACUGGAAAGCUCAAUUUCUAUCGUUCCAGAAGUGGCAAUAAAAGAGAAGGUUUCUGGGCAAUCGAUAAAGUACACAUCUGUAGACUUUCCACGGAUGUAUACAGUGUGACGAUAAAGCGUGAAAAUUCUUCAUACUGCUGUAAAACACUAGCCACUAGUAGUAGUACUUUUUGCGAACAACCUGGACUUUUAGGUCACAAAUGUACAGCCAAGUGUGACCAAGUUUUAGGACAGUCGUACCCCUUUUGUGAAGGUUAUAAGAUUUGUUUGGACAAUGGAACUUGUGAGUGUUCAUGGGGGUUUAAAGGAACGACAUGUAACCAAAGUUGUACUGGCGACUACUGGGGGCGUGACUGUGCGUCAACGAUAAAUUAUAUGAAUUGUGAGAGUUACAACAACACGGUGGGUUGUUUUAAAUGUAUGAAGAACUUUACUGGAAGACAGUGCACAGAAAAACUACCAGUUGUGCUAAAAACUCCUACGUUAGUUUCCGCCAAGACAAAUUUUGCUGAAAUUUCGUUUGACUUGACGUAUGGUGAAGACGAAAAAGAACCAGACUUUUACCAAAUUCAGUAUAAAGAAAGUAAUGGUACCACUUUCAAAAAUUUUUCUGAUCUAAUACCCUUCCAAAAACCCCUCUUAAGCAGAGGAGUGACAAUCCCAACGAGUUCUUUCGGUUACAAAAUACGGGUGUUGUUGUUCGUAGGAAACGAACACUAUGAAGAUGGAGUACCUGAGUUAGUAACGACCUCUGCAGUACGCAAAAAUUGGUACCUAGGUGUCAUUCUUGCAUCAAACAUACUUAAGAAAUACUGGAUAUCUGUAUUCUUCACUGUCCUUGGUAUACCGUUGCUAUACGUUCAUUUGUUGCUCGUAUUUCGCUAUUUCUUUGUAAAAAAUGAACCAAGCCAACAGUCCAAAAGUCGAUUUAAUGUCUUUACUGUCUUUAAACGAUUACGACGCCAUACUAAUUUACACAACUAGUUCGGGAUAGCCUUCCUUCGGUCGUGCCGCAAACAAGCGUUCAUGCGGGAAGCAGGCUCACGAACGUGUUGUGUACAAUAUUUUUUGCAACGAAUAAACCUUUAAACUGAAGAAAUUAACUGUGAGUUAUUUAUAAACAAUGGCGCCGUCAACACAUCACAAUGUUGACACUACGCGAGUAUUUUAAGGUUACCAUGGCAACGGGAAGUUAAAAUGCACGUGUGCGGGAAGUUCGAACUCCCGCACCCUGGUGAAUGCACGAAAGCCAUCAAAAAAGAUCAUGAGUGCAAAAAAAAUAUACCAGUUUAGGAACUAAAAAGUAACGUAAACAAUCUCCUACAGGCUAUAUCAUAGUAAUGUGUUUUAGUUGUUACUAGGUAAAACAUUUCGAACUUGUGAGGUGGCUCUUUGGGAGGAAAGUUUAAACAAAAAUAAAGACCAGCGUUACAUUCCAUGUACCCUGAAUUUGACAUGUGACCCGAAUUUGAAUUUACACUUACGAGGACGUAUUGAUAAAUUCUUAGCCUACCAUUGAAGAAGAAGCCUUACCAUGAAACUAAAUUUUAUUUAUUCAAUGUGAUCGCCUCUUAAAUUGAUACACUUAAUACCACGGUCAUAAAGUAAUUCCAA